AAUUCCUUUUAACUGAUGUAAUACCUAACGGAACGCACGGUCGAGAUUGACUCACCCCAUGACCAGAUAGUGUCAUGCUCAAGAGGUUAUAAUUGGAUCUUCCCAAACACGGGACCUAACCAGCAUACUACUUAUACUCAAGUCGACUGGCACCAGACUGGCAAAAUAAUCCCCAUGGCUAAGUACUAUGAUGAAAUACCCGAAUCUCUCAUCGAAUGGGUCAGGAAACAGCACAUGUUUUGGGUUGCUUCAGCUCCUCUUGGUCCUGGCGGACAUGUCAAUGUCUCCCCCAAGGGUACAGCGGAUUGCUUCCAUGUGGUGAACUCUCACCGAGUUUGGUACCAGGAUUUGUCUGGAAGUGGUGUGGAAACUAUAUCUCACAUCAGGGAGAACGGUCGCGUAACCAUUUUGUUUCACUCCUUCGACGGACCUCCUAGGAUCUUGAGGUUGUAUGGCAUAGGGACAGUGUACGAAUAUGGCACACAAGAGUACGAGUCUCUUAUUACUCCUGAGACUCGUAAACCGGGGUCUCGUGCAGCUAUCGUCGUCGACGUCUAUCAGUGUCUAACGUCAUGUGGAUACGCUGUUCCGAUCUAUGACUUUGUUACGCACCGCACUCAACUCCUCCGAUCGUACGACAUGAAAGAGUCACACGACCGCGCUACUGCCUCCACAGAGAUCAAUCCGAGGGGCCUUAGAGCACACUGGAUGCUGAAGAACUCUUCAAGCGUGGAUGGUCUUCCUGGUCUGGUUACAGCACCUCACUCCAAAGUCACGUAUUUCAGCGUUUUUGACAAAGGUCCAAGACCAAAGUUGCACCGUUCGUCUUCUAUGAAUGCGGACGUCCUAGAUACAGGCGCGAUUUUAGCGAUUGGUAUUGCAAUCGGCGCAUUUGCAGCUACUGCCCUUCAUCGCAUCCUAUCCGUCACUGGUAACCGAGCCUAACGUGUGGCAAUAGUGCGAACACCAUUUCUACGCGUCAAAACAACUUGUAGUUGGACUGUUGGAUCAUCUUGUGCACUUUAGCUAUGGACUGCGAUGAUGCUUGUAAAAUUAUAUUUCUAUUCCUGGAAGCCACGAUGCCCCAAUACAGUCUCAAGAGUCACAUUGCCCUUGUCGAAUUUCUCCACAUCUUCGUCCCUAGAAUCGCAAGAGGCUGAUGGCGGUAUCACAUCAUCAGGUAAGACAGCCCUCUCUACAUAUGUGCCCCGGGCCGGGAAC